CCAGAGGCUGUAGUUCCGCGGAAUCUCUCGACCUGACGUUUCUCCCUCAGACUUCGGCCUCGAACCCGCUCAUUUCAGCCUCUAUUUUCGCCGCUACCGCUGGAUUCUAAGCGGAGGAUGGACUAAGAAGGCGCCAUGGUGGUGAAUUCAGUCCACUGGUUCCGCAAAGGUCUGCGGCUCCACGAUAAUCCUUCGCUCCAGGAGGCCCUGAACGGAGCGGACACGGUGCGCUGUGUUUAUGUCCUGGAUCCGUGGUUCGCUGGCGCCGCCAACGUAGGAAUCAACCGAUGGAGGUUUCUCCUGGAGGCUCUGGAGGAUCUGGACAACAGCCUGAAGAAGCUCAACUCCAGACUGUUCGUGGUCAGAGGGCAACCAACAGACGUCUUCCCCCGGCUUUUUAAGGAGUGGAACGUGACCCGUCUGACGUUUGAGUUCGACCCGGAGCCGUAUGGGAAGGAGAGGGACAACGCCAUCAUCAAGAUGGCGCACGAGUUCGGAGUAGAAACCAUCGUCAGGAACUCGCACACCCUCUACACCCUGGACAGGAUCAUCGAGCUGAACAACAACAGUCCUCCUCUGACUUUCAAGAGGUUUCAGACCAUCGUGAGCAGACUGGACUUACCCAGGAGGCCUCUGCCUCCCAUCAGCCAGCAGCAGAUGGACAAGUGUCAAACUAAAAUAGCCGACAAUCACGAAGAGCUGUACAGCAUCCCUUCCCUGGAGGAGCUAGGUUUCAGGACGGAGGGUUUACCUGCAGCUGUGUGGCGGGGGGGUGAAUCCGAGGCCUUGGACAGACUCAACAAACAUCUGGACAAAAAGGUGUGGGUAGCGAACCUGGAGCAUCCCCGGGUCAACACAUGCUCCCUGUACCCCAGCCCCACCGGCCUCAGCCCCUACCUCCGCUUCGGCUGCCUCUCCUGCAGGGUGUUGUACUACAACCUCCGGGAGCUCUACAUGAAGCUCCGUAAGCGCUGCAGUCCUCCCCUGUCUCUGUUCAGCCAGCUCUUAUGGAGGGAGUUCUUCUACACCGCCGCCACCAACAACCCCAACUUUGACCGCAUGGAGGGAAACCCCAUCUGUGUCCAGAUCCCAUGGGACCAGAACCCAGAGGCUCUGGCCAAGUGGGCCGAGGGUCGGACCGGCUUCCCCUGGAUCGACGCCAUCAUGACCCAGCUGAGGCAGGAGGGCUGGAUCCACCACCUGGCCCGGCACGCCGUGGCCUGCUUCCUGACCCGGGGCGACCUGUGGAUCAGCUGGGAGAGCGGCAUGAAGGUGUUUGAGGAGCUGCUGCUGGAUGCAGACUGGAGUGUAAACGCUGGCAGCUGGAUGUGGUUGUCCUGCAGCGCCUUCUUCCAGCAGUUCUUCCACUGCUACUGUCCCGUGGGCUUCGGACGGAGGACCGACCCCACAGGAGACUACAUCAGACGUUACAUCCCGAUCCUGAAGGAUUAUCCGAACCGCUACAUCUACGAGCCGUGGAACGCCCCCGAGUCGCUCCAGAAAGCCGCCAACUGCGUGGUGGGCGUGGACUACCCCAAACCGAUGAUCAACCACGCGGAAGGCAGCAGGCUCAACAUCGAGAGGAUGAAACAAGUUUACCAGCAACUCUCACAUUACAGAGGACUCAGUCUGCUGGCCUCGGUCCCAACGAUCCAGGAGGAAGCAGAGCCGCCGAUGACGGACGAGUCCCAGACCAGCAGUGGCCCCGAUUCUCCUCCCAGAGAUCCGGCCCCCGACUCCUCCACCUGGGGCCCCCAUCCAGACCUGGAGGAGGCCGAGCAGAGCCACCCCCCUCAGACCGUCUCCACCUCCUCAGGCUCCCACCCCGGCCCUCCAUCCUCCCACACCUCCAGCCCCCCGUCGUGGUCCAAACCCGCCUCCCCGUGCUCCUCCUCCCCCACCUCGCCUCCGACUCCGUCCACCACCCAGACCUCCUCUCUGGGGCCGAGGAGGAAAGGCCUCACCCGGAAAGCCCGUCGUAGCCAGAGGCAGCGGGGGAGACACUCCUGCCCCCCAGUUUCCAGGGAGGGGGAGAGGGAGGAGGCAGCGGGGGAGGAGAGGAUGGAGGAGGACGAGGAGCAGGACGAGGAGAGGAUGGAGGAGGACAGGACUUCAGCAGAGACGGGAGGAGAGCAGCAGUGAUUCACGGUGGACAGAUCAGAACAAUCUGCUAAAUCCUGGACCUAUAAAAGAUGUAUGAGGAACCGGGUUCUGGACUUGAGGAGAACGUGACGACAGACAGAACCGGUUAAAUAAACAUUUUACUCACAUUUACACCAGAAAACCGUGGAAGCACAACAGAGAUGUUCUAAUGAGAACCGGCUGGCGGUGGUGGUGGUGAACAGGAAGAGUCUGGACGUUUCUCAGGAGCAACGAGGCUCUGCAGCAUCACGGCGGCGGGAACGUCCCCGGAGCAGAAACAGAACCUCGAUGUGUUCUCCACCGUUGAAUCACGGUGGUUUUUGAGGCUUAAUGAGCUGUGGGAGACGAGAACGGUGUUUACAAAGAUGGCCGACACACCGUACAAAACUGAAGCUAAAAUAUGUCAGAAAUGAGGAGAUACCAAGGCUAACAGCUAGCAAGCAAUAUUAUAUGACUCAAUUACAAAAUAGUAACGUCUGAAAACAUCAGCAAAUAUGUCACAAUUCCCGACCACAAGAGGGCGCUGCUAAUACUUCACCGUGUCUUUAGCACAAGAUGGCCGCCUCCAUUUCCAUCAUAUUUUGGCUUCACUUCUGGGGAAGUUGUCACGUCGUUUCUGAACCCUUCACAGGGUUCUCGUUAAAGUAUGUGGAAAUCCUACAUUUCAACCCUAGAGUGAUAUCGUAGGACAGAAGAAGACUUUUUUACUUUGGUGGAAUUUUUCAAAUUUCCAUGUGUUAAAUCCAGAUGAAUGAAUGUCUCAUAUCUGGUUCCUGGUCUCAUAUCUGGUUCCUGGUCCUUAAACUAAUGUAAACAUGUAUUUGUCACAUUAGAACAUCAUCAACAUCAUCACAUUAGAAAC